GGUGGGCGGGGGUGUGAGGUUGUGAGGGGGUGGCAGAUCUCCAGGAAGGCGCACUUUCAUUCGCCGCCUAAACAUUAAUGGUAUCCGCGUGGCAAUCGCCGAGGCCCACUAACGCACGCGCGGCGGACUUUCUCCGUCGAUGAAUAAACAAUGAAGGAGGAGAAGCAGGUAAAAUGCGAAGUCCUCGACCCUGACAAACAAGGAGAGGUCGAGACGGACCAGCUCUCAGCACCAGAUGCAAUGACCGGUCCGCCAGUUGCUGACUGGGAGGCAGACAUGUCGGGGAUGAAGGACCGUUUUCAUCAGACCAUCGCUCUGACGGAGCACAACGAGCUGUAGUGUGUGUCACUAUAGUCCCAGGAUACUGUGGUUCUGAACAGUUUGUUUAAACGUGCUUGCUGCUGGAACCGAGUUACCGAAAAAGAAGAGAAUAUGGAGGACAAAGAAACGAAACACUUGCAUCACACGUUCGUUGAUAGUGACGUCACUUAUUGCGAGCCCGAGGAUGAGCGCCUUGUGAUGCAUAGCCUGUUCGACUGGAUAGAACGCCCCCUAGCGGCAAUGACAAUGAAUCCGUCGGACUACGUCACACGUCAGAGGUCAUUCUUUGAGGCUCCCCCCAAACAAGUGGAGCCAUUCGGAACAGCUGUAACCUCAUUUGCAUGUGAGCCGCCCUUGGAGCCGAGCAGUAAGAGGGCUGUCGCCAAGUAUGAAAACACCUACCGAAUGGAUCCACCUGUUGAGUUUAAGCCCGACAUGGUCGAGCCCUUGAUGAAUAAAAUUCUCACAACUCGGCUUAAAGGAAAGGAUUACGACAGCAUCGAAUCACCGGCCCUAUGCAAAGUCCUCGCUGACGAGAUUAAGCAAGGAGUAAAAAAGUUCAAUUUUAAAAGGUACAAGUUGAUAUCAGAAGUGAUGAUAGGUCAGAUGAAACAGCAAGGCUUCAUCAAGGCUAGUCGUUUUCUCUGGGACAGCUCUCGGGACAACUUUGCUUCAGUGAGUUACAAGAACCGUACUUUGUUCGCUGUCGCCGUCCUCUACGCUCUGAACUUCGAAUGACAACGAAAACAACGACACAAGCGAUGAUGCUACAGGCUACAUAGCAAAGCUACUGAUGACAAUACAGGCUACAUAACAAAGUUAGUGAUGACAAUACAGGCUACAUAACAAAGCUACUGAUUACUUUACAUGCUACUUAGAUGCUGAGGCCGCUGUUAACGAAAUAUCUACUGCUAAUACUAUCACAUGGCUACUGAUGACCACUCGCUCAGACUGAGAUCUGUGUAUGGAGUGUGGAUUUUCCAGAAAAAGGAAGUGACGACAGAUGAAUUUCACACUGCGGCGAAGACAUGAAAACAUGAACAAUGUCUAUUCAAUUUAUAACUAAUCUUAUACCAUGGAUAGUUUUCCUUUCUCUUUGUAGCUUUUGGAGUGAAGUCACCAACUGCCUUAUUGAAAAGUUUCGGCGAGCAUAUCAAAGACAUCAAAGGAACACAAAUAUCAGUUUUACAUACGUGAUCAAGUUUGGUUCAGGUAACUGUAUUUAAGAUGAGUCUAUCUAUUUCUUAACAUAACGAAAUCUUCAAUAAGUAAACUUAAGAAAUGUAAAAAGAUGUAGAGACAACGCUAUCAACAUACAUGACUAGUGGUAAUGUUUAUGCAUAUUCGAAUAUUUAUUCAUUUUAUAUUUGAAAACACAUACUUUAAUAUAUUAAAACAGCUAUAAAUAUAAUUUUAAUUCAAUAAUAUUACCGAUCUAUUUACAAUUUAAAACUGAAUUGUAUGCAGACCGUAUAAAACAGAUUAUAAACAGUCAUUUCUUUCCCCCACACAUAUAAACUUAAAUCCACAUUAAUGAAAAUCACAGCAAAGUAUUCGUCUGACUGCUGAGUAAAGAAAAUACUGACAACCAUAAUACUCACCACAGCAAUUAUUAUUAACAGUUAUAAUACAGUAAUAUAUUUUCUGAUAAAAGGCUUUUUCAGAAUCACAACUGCUGAUUAUUUAAGAUUUAUUUAUAUUGUAUCAGCACUAAGACAGCAGAUGCAUGCAGCAAAAAUGUCAUAUGACGAUAUAACGGGUCUGUCUCACCCAGGCAUCAACGAAGCACAUUGAUGAAAGACUUGUUGUUUACAAUUACAAUAGUGCUGGUAAUCGAAGCACACUGAUAAAAGACUGUUGUUUACAAUUACGACAGUGCUGGUAAACGCAAAUCCUCGAUCUCCUGCUUCAAAUUUUCUCUUGCUUGAGCCUCAAACAUUUCUCGAAAAGGCAGUGUAGCGAAAAUAUUAGGCCUCUCCAGGAACGUUUGGAGAACCUGUAAAGUGUUCAAUGAUUUGUAAGUACAAAAUAUGAAAACAAAAUCUAAGAUGAACAAAAAUGAAUAAGAAAAAUGAAGCAAACUGACAAUGGGAAGAAAGAUCGAAAAAGAAAGAAAGUUGAUAAGGAGUAAAGAAAGCAACACAAAAAAUGCGUAUAAAUGAAAUAAAACAAAAAUUGAUCGUAUGUAUAUUUCUUUAUGAUUUACAUGAAUUGUUGAAGCGUUCUCAUAAUGUUAAAUAAAUCUCCAAGCAAUACGUCUUUUUCAGUAACACAGAUAAGCCAAUGACAAUGCAGCGAUCAGAUCGUUUGAAUCGUUACUAAUGUCAUGUUAAAGAUACCUCUGCAUCAGUUAUGUAUACAAUAAAGUUCGUUGCCCGUU